GACUGCAGGGGGCCGUGUGUGUGAGGAGCUGUCAGAAUUUGUCAAAUGUUAUCACGUCCGUUCUCUUCUCUGUGGGAUGCAGAUUACACGUAUGGGCGAUCGAAUGACUCGAGUCGUGACGUGAGACUUAACGACCAGUUAGCCUCUCCGUAGUUAAUACGCUUAUCAGUUGCUGAAUACAAAAUUUAUUUAGUUGCAUUUUAAUCGUGAGAAAUCGGUAUAACCUGCCUGCGCGCGUACGCGGUUUACAAUUACGUUUAUUUUGUUUCGAUCAAGCCGUCCGGUGUUGUCUUCCUCUCACACCGACGUAAACUAUCUCUGUCGACCGAAUGAUACCAUCGCGGUACUAUGAAGUUGCACGAUGGAGCUUUCCGAAUCGCGAAAUCUUGUUAAGGAUUUAGAUCUAACCCUACAACCGCGAAUCGCCCCGCGAUAUAAAACCUGGCUUCCCCUCGCCACCCAACAGUUGCGGCUCAGAGGUUUAGUACAAAUAAUAGGCCAUAAUUUGAAAGCUAAUGUAAAUGGGGAGAUAUGUUGGUUCUAUUACACGUUACACAGAUCAAGCAUGUCGUCUCCAUUGUACACAAGCGAGGCGAUCGACAAUGCUAAUCCAAGGUGGUCAAGUCUCGAAGUGCCGACCCUGCAUGCCACAGGUUAUUCAACGGCUAGUGAGAUUAUCCUGAGGGUGUGGAAACACUCGAUGCCAUGCGAUAAUACAGCCGAUGUGACCCUCUUUACAUGGGGAGUGUCGUUCACAGGAUUGGCGUAUAUCGGUCCUAAGCUACCACCUAAUCUGGAGACUAUCCUAAAGGAAAAUUCUUUGAUAUUCUAUUUUCACGGUGGAUACUUUACCCCCGCGUACUGUUUCACAGCAGCUCUGGACUCGAAGCGCUACCUUUAUAUGACUAUGACUGCAUCUGAAGUAAAGAACAGUUAUACCGUGAAUAAGCUUAGCAGUUUAAGAAGCAAAAUGCAGGCACUAAAGCAACAAACGGAGUCGGUGCAAGCGCUCAGAGUGCGCAUCGCCUCCGGUGAUGAUUUUCACACUCCCAAAUAUCCACAGACAACUUUGAACAGACUGUUACAACCGCGGAGAGUCAACAGGGAAAAGAAAUUGGAGAUUAUGAAGAUACGUAAAGAGCUGGAAAUGGCUAAAUUUAGAACAAAAUUGUUGGAGCAAGAGAGAGCGCGAAAAAUGGGAGAGAUUCGUGUACUGAAUCAAUUACACACUAAUAUUGUUGAAGAAAAUCAAGAUCAAGGUUAGUAUAUGUGCGCGCGUAUGUUGCUUAUAUUGCGGAUAUUCUAAAUAAAGGCAGGGUUGCCACAAAACUGGAAAUCUAUGGAAGGGAAAAGCUAUUUUACAAAAUUUUCUGGAAAAUUA